UUUAGCUUGAUCGGGCGGUUUAAAACUGUGGAGAAAUGUAUUAAUAACAGUACUUGACUGCACAGACCAUUGUGAUGCUAGCCUAAUGAGAUCCUGACAAGUGUUGAAACGGUUCCAGUCUAUGAAAGGCACCAGACGACAGCAAAUGGAUACUGGCCAUGACAUUGGACCAGAUGAAGAGAGAUUGUAUCCUGUACAGAUGAUCCGUGGCUUUCAUGAGACUGACGAUGGGGAAAUGAUCCUGGAGUAUGAGAGAGUGUUUGUGCAGCGGCCGGCAGGUGGAACUUUUAUUGAACCCCUUGAUGAGACUCCACCAGCACCCAACCCAGCUCCUGUCAGGGACAGUGACCUCAUGUUUCAUGAUGAGAAGGAAAGAAUCCAAACAUUUUCGGGAUGCUGGCCUGACGUCUACCCUGUGGAUCCUGCCAGUUUGGCUAAAAAUGGUUUUGUUUUCAUUGGACCUGGCGACCGUGUCAAGUGUGUUUUCUGUUUGAAUACUUUGAGUAGCUGGGAAACGGGGGAUGUGGUAGAAGAUGAACAUCGACGCCAUUAUCCAGACUGUCCUUUUGUACAGAACAGAGGACACGAGCAAAGACAUAGGCAAAAUUCCGCGAGACCAGCUGAUUGUUUCAAGCAGGAAUACAUCCAAUGUAAUAUGAAUCAAGAUGGCCAUAGUUCUGAGCAAAUGGAAACUGGCCAUGACAUUGGACCAGAUGAAGAGAGAUUGUAUCCUGUACAGAUGAUCCGUGGCUUUCAUGAGACUGACCAUGGGGAGAUGAUCCUGGAGUAUGAGAGAGUGUUUGUGCAGCGGCCGGCAGGUGGAACUUUUAUUGAGCCCUUUGAUGAGACCCCGCCAGCAGCCAGCCCAGCUCCCGUCAGGGCUAGUGACCCCAGGUUCCACGAUGAGAAGGAAAGGCUGCAAACAUUUUCGGGAUGCUGGCCUGACGUCUACCCUGUGGAUCCUGCCAGUUUGGCUAAAAAUGGUUUUGUUUUCAUUGGACCUGGCGACCGUGUCAAGUGUGUUUUCUGUUUGAAUACUUUGAGGGGCUGGGAAACGGGGGAUGUGGUAGAAGAUGAACAUCGACGCCAUUAUCCAGACUGUCCUUUUGUACGGGGGUGCUGUGGCCAUUUGAAUAUUCCAAUCCCGGACAGUGAUCGUGUGAAAACAAUUUUAGGGUAUAAACUAAAGCCAGAGUCAACCAAUGUUGAAAUGGUCCCUGAAACACAGCAGACAAAUGUCAGGAUGCAGGAUUACAGCAGCAGACUUGAAACAUUUCACACCUGGCCCAAAACCUGUCCAGUUAGCCCAGACCAUCUGGCUGCUGCAGGAUUUUUCUAUACUGGUAGAGAGGAUGUGGUACAAUGUUUUGUGUGUGGUAAAACAGUCAAGAAAUGGUGCGCUCAAGAUUUGCCUUUUGUGGAACACGCCAAACUCAGCCCACGGUGUGCAUUUGUCAACCAGUAUAGGGAGGUCCACGGGACUACUGGGGUCAUGAACAGACCGGAACCACAACAGGUCCAUGGGACUACUGGCGUCAUGAACAGACCGGAACCACAACAGGCCCAUGGGACUACUGGGGCCAUGAGCAGGCCGGAACCACAACAGCCAAUGUACAGCCAACUGCACCCAGGGACCAGCGUGCCGCAACAAGUUUCAAGCCACAAACUUGGUAACCAUGAAUCUGACCUACAGUCCCCUGCUGUCCAGGCUUUUCAAGCUGUCCAAAGCUUGCCGGUGGAGCAGCUGCGCCAGUUACUGGAGAACAUCAGGCUAUCAAAGGGUGACUCUCAUGUAAUAACGUCAGAAGAUUUUGAACCUUACAUCAACUGAACUGAUGCACACUGCAAGCAACCAACAGUCUGUCUACUAGAUCAACAUCUCAACAUGAGCAAAUCAGAAACAAGAAGCUACAUGAAGAUAAAGAAUGGAUAUAUAUAUAUAUAUAUAUAUAUAU